AUGGACGCCUCCCCUGGUUUGUCUCACCAUCUACAUGGCGUCUUAUCCACCCUCUACCGCCGGCCGUAUCCACAAAUUCCUAAUCCCCCUGCCUGCAAGAAGCGGGCGUCAGUUGCCCUAAUCAUCCGAAUUCGACCUUCAGAUGACUGCUGGCCGACCGACCCUGUGAGCAGUGACCCGACGGAGUCCGUAGAGGACCGUUUGGACGAUUUCUUUGCGCAGCCAUGGGUCCACCAUGGAAUCCCCGAGGUUCUCUUUAUCAAGCGUGCUUCGCGCGCCGGCGACCGGUGGACAGGCCAUGUUGCUUUACCAGGAGGGAAGCGAGACCCGGAGGAUGAAGAUGACUGCGCGGCUGCAAUAAGGGAGGCAUGGGAGGAAAUCGGGCUGGAUUUGACCACCGACGACUGCAUAGCUGUUGGCAAUCUCCCAGAGCGAGUGGUGACCACCAGCUGGGGAUCUGUCCCACUUAUGGUUCUCUGCCCUUUUAUCUUUCUAACUACGCGAAUUGAUUCACCCAGCUUGCGCCUACAGCCGACGGAGGUAGCGUCAACUCAUUGGGUCCCUCUAAAGGCUCUCCUGUCACCAUCUCUUCGAACUGUUGAACAUGUGGAUAUGUCACAACGGUACUUCAAACAAGCCGGCUUCUUGGGUCGUAUGGCUAUUCGGUCAGUGGUAGGCUGGAUGCAAUUCUCUGCUGUGCGCUUGGUGCCAUCAGAGACUCUGUACAGCACCACCAUGAUAGAUUCUGUUUUGGAACAGGGCAGUGAGCAAAAGUCUGUCGUACAGCGGCUAUGUGGGUGGUGCUUGAGCAACCAAGCAGAAUCCAGUGACACGAGCCGUCCUCUUCUGCUUUGGGGCUUGACGCUUGGUGUUCUGGCUGAUUUCCUGGAGAUGAUUCCUCCCCAUAACGCUGUCAAGCUCUGGGCAUAUCCCACAUUCACAAUGCCUGAUCUGCGACUGGUUGCCAGUAUACUAAGCUAUCGUCUGCGGAAAUUGAAUGCACAGAAAGUGAAGUCAGGGUCGCGUGCCAGCAAUACCGCUUCGGACAGCGAAACUACAGCACUUCCUGUGUCUCUAUCUUCACAUGGGACUCCUAUGCAAGAGACUACUGGGGCUGGCACCCAAGGUGUUGGAAGAUACUACAGCGCUACCGGACAAGGUGGUAAUGGACCGUCAUACGCGGUAGGUGUCCUGCUGCAAGGUUACUACCAGAAAUUGCAAACAGCAAUCUAUAUUUUCCUGGCGUUGCGCAUUGCUAUGGGCUCCGCUGCAGCUUUUGCAGCCUGGCGGUUUUUCCGGCGACGCUCUUGA